CGCCUUAUUGUGUCCUGAGAAUAAAAUUUGGUAGUCAAUUCUAAGUAAUCUGGUAACACUAAAUUCAUCAUUGAAGGCGAUUUUGGCGGCAAAUAGCUUUCCUAAGUAACCAAUGCAGAGUUUAAAACUUUGUCACUGCACCAAAAAGUUGCGAAUAAGGGAUCGUAAAAAAGUUCUGAAGCGGUUUAAAAAUGGAGGGUUUCGAUGAGGCAGGUAUAUUCUUUUCCGAUAAUUUGUUUGGUGAUUGUCCACAACAAGAUGGUAACCAAAUUAAUAUGCAAGCAGUUAAGAAAAAGUAUAAGGAGUUCCUGCGUACAUUUAAUGAAGACAACUUUUUCUAUAAAUACCGUGACACUUUAAAGAGAAAUUAUCUGAAUGGUCGUUAUUUUCUGGAAGUGGAAAUAGAAGAUUUGGCUGGUUUCGAUGAAUCUUUGGCGGACAAGCUUACGAAACAACCUACAGAACAUUUGCAAAUAUUUGAAGAGGCCGCUCUUGAGGUAGCGGAUGAAAUAACUGCUCCCCGUCCUGAUACCGAGGAGCAAAUACACGAUGUACAAAUUCUAUUAAUGUCGAAUGCGAUUCCGACGAAUGUCAGAGACUUGAAAUCAGAUUGUGUUUCUCGUUUGGUUAAGAUAGCUGGUAUUAUAGUUUCUGCCUCUGGUAUUAAAGCCAAAGCAACUCGCAUCUCGAUUAUGUGCCGAUCUUGCAGUGUCGUUAUACCAAAUUUGAAAAUUAAUCCUGGCUUAGAAGGUUACAUGCUACCACGAAAAUGCACAACUGAACAAGCUGGCCGUCCACGCUGCCCGUUGGAUCCAUUCUUUAUUAUGCCAGAAAAGUGUAGGUGCGUCGAUUUCCAAAUAUUAAAAUUGCAAGAAUUGCCUGACUUUGUUCCGCAAGGUGAAAUACCCAGGCAUUUACAAUUGUUUUGUGAUCGUUCUUUGUGCGAACGUGUUGUCCCCGGUAACCGAGUAUUGAUUCAGGGAAUUUAUUCCAUUCGGAAAGUAGCCAAACCUACGCGUCAGGAUGGCCGUGAGAAGUCAGUAGUAGGUGUUAGGGCUCCAUAUAUGCGAGUAGUGGGCAUCGCUGUGGAUACUGAAGGAUCGGGAGCUAUAUCUCGUUACAGUAAUAUAACUAGUGAGGAAGAGGAGACAUUUCGUUGUAUGGCCGCUUCUCCAAAUUUAUAUGAUCGUUUAGCAAAGUCAUUAGCUCCAAGUAUAUUCGGUUCGCAUGAUAUAAAAAGGGCAAUUACUUGCAUGCUGUUUGGCGGAUCGCGUAAACGUUUGCCCGAUGGUUUAUGCAGACGUGGGGAUAUUAAUGUUUUGUUACUGGGCGAUCCCGGCACGGCUAAAUCACAAUUACUAAAAUUUGUUGAGAAAGUGGCCCCUAUUGGAAUUUACACUUCAGGCAAAGGUUCUAGUGCUGCAGGUUUAACGGCGUCAGUGACGAGAGAUCCAUCAACGCGAAACUUUGUUAUGGAAGGUGGUGCUAUGGUUCUAGCUGAUGGUGGUAUUGUUUGCAUUGAUGAAUUUGAUAAAAUGAGAGAAGAUGACCGUGUCGCCAUUCAUGAAGCUAUGGAACAACAAACAAUUUCUAUAGCUAAAGCAGGCAUUACCACAACGCUGAAUUCUCGUUGCUCAGUUUUAGCUGCAGCCAAUUCAAUAUUUGGUCGAUGGGAUGAAACUAAGGGAGAAGAAAACAUUGAUUUCAUGCCCACCAUUUUGUCGCGUUUCGAUAUGAUUUUUAUUAUCAAGGAUAUCCACGAUGAAGCGCGUGACAUUACAAUGGCUAAGCAUAUCAUAAAUGUUCAUCUUUCGUCAAAUAAGUCUGCACCCAAUGAACCUGCAGAAGGUGAAAUAUCAUUGCCAUUAUUCAAAAAAUAUAUAUACUAUUGCCGGACACAUUGCGGACCGCGAUUAAGUGAAGAGGCUGGUGAAAAAUUGAAAAAUCGUUACGUUUUAAUGCGAAACGGAGCGGGCCAGCAUGAGAAAUCCUCUGAUAAACGUUUAAGUAUCCCGAUCACAGUUCGACAAUUAGAAGCGAUUAUACGGAUAACAGAAUCUUUAGCCAAAAUGAGUUUACUACCGUUUGCUACAGAUGAGCAUAUUAAUGAAGCUUUACGACUCUUUCAAGUGUCCACUCUUGAUGCAGCGAUGACUGGCAGCUUGGCUGGCGCUGAGGGGUUCACCACCGAAGAAGAUCAAGAGACCUUAAAUCGUAUAGAGAAACAAUUGAAACGUCGUUUUGCUAUUGGUUCUCAAGUGUCCGAGCAGAAUAUAAUACAAGACUUUUUAAAGCAAAAGUAUGAGGAGCGAACCAUCUUAAAGGUGAUUCAUACUAUGAUACGACGCGGAGAAUUGCAACAUCGUAUGCAACGUAAAAUGUUAUAUCGUUUAUGUUAAAUGCUUUUUCUUUUUUUUUCUUUUUUGAAUAAAUUUUUUUCUUUCAUCAAUACCUAU